AUGGACGGUACUCGGGGGAGCAAUCGCCGUAUAAACAGCCUCCAAGCACAGGACCGCCUGCGACGACACAGCUCAGCGAACGCCCGUGGGAAGCGUCCCGUCACGGCCCAAGAUGCCUAUCUCUAUGCUCUCCGUGCAGCAUAUCUCGCAUACCUCCUCCAGCCCCGACAGAAGCGAGUGCAGCAUGUCCCUGCUGCGCCCAAGCACGUCCAGCGGUCAUCAACCUCCAUAAACGACCUCAUGAAAGACUUCUCCCUCAUACGAGACUCCAAAAGCACGCGCUUUCCCCGCGAUUUCAUGGCCGCACUCGACAAGCGGAUAACAAAGGUGCUGAUGGGACAAGAGCGUAUGCCUGAGUUCCAGGAUGCCACAGUCAAGCGGACAUUUGCUGUCUUCUUGAAUGCAUUCAAGGACCCGUCGUUCAGGAAGAAUAUGGACAAGGAUAGGAGAGUCGAGGAUCUGCUCCUGAUCUUCUACUCAAACGCCACCAAAGAACUACAAAAGGGGAAGGCGCCAGGCGACGAGGGCUGGAAGCUCAUGGUAGAUCGACACGUCGCUCUGUUCCUGCGUCUGGUCAGCUCCACUCUCAAGGACCAUGAUUGGCAGAAAGACCGACCAGAACUUGCGCAUCGGCUGGCCACUAUGGAGAAGAAGCUACUCGUACAUGACCAGGAUUUGGCGGCUGAGAACCAGCGCAACGGCGGCCAAGGUGGCACAACAAUCGAAGUUGAAGUUCCACGGAGUUACGAAGUCAAGGAUAUGCCACUCGUCUUAGUAGUGUCGCGCAUCUUCGCCGUCGGGUACUCUGAUGUGCAGGCCGACAUCAACCGAUACAAGUCUGUGUGGACUGAAAAGGCUGCUUUGCAGGAUCUCAAAACAUAUCAAGCGCACCUCAGCCUCAUGACGAAGAAGACGCUUAACAGUGAUGACUUCGAUACUGAGGAAGCAUAUGAGGCAUGGAAAAACCAAGAAGUACCAGAUCUUUCGCAGAUGAUACUGGCCAUCAUUCAAUCAAACCCAGAGCUUGCAAAGAGCUCCCCCGGAUCUGUGCCGCAAUUCAAGCCAAAGGUGUCUUUGGAUCCGGGUUAUUCAGAUGCUUCGAGGCAGGGAUCAUUGUCUUCCGAGAACGGCUCCUCCUAUGUCAUUGAUCAACCUGUGGACAUGAGUGGGCUCAACAUCAACGACGACCCAAGUGAUAGCUCAUCCUAUACCUUCAUUCCAUCAGAUCCACGUGCCACUUACCGUGCGAUACUGAAUGAAGCGCUCACAUAUGACCUGGCGGACACUGAACUCGAGGCAACCGAAGCCACGAGCGAUAAUCCGUCCGUCAAGCUGUUGUCGAAGCAGUCAGCUGAACUCUUGAAUGAGAUAGCUCUCCGAUGGAGGAUACCCCAAUUUUCUCGCCUCGUAUUGUUCCUGGACGUUAUACGCGACAAGUACAUUAACCAAGACAUCAGUCUAGACACCCUCGAUGCUGCCUUCAACUACGUCAAAGAGCCGCCACCAACGGACAAGAAGUCACACCGAAUGAGUCAUGUUCCGGUGCAGGAGUCUUUGUUCGAUCGAACGAAAUGGACGAUCCAGGAUUAUGCUCUCAACCAGCAGAUUUUGUCAACGUUGCACGACUGCUUACUGCGAGAACUUUACGAGCUGAUGAUGCAUGUGUACGAUACCAAACCGCCUCCACUCGGCCCGGUCAUGUAUAUCCUUGAGACGCACAUCUACGACGACCCCACAUUCCCUGGCACAGAAGAGGAUAUGGACCAGUUUACCGAACAAUUACGUCAGGGUCUAAGAGAGAAGGCGGGCGAUGUGUAUCGUGAGCUUCUUGCGAAACACAUUCCAGACACCAAGGAAGAGUGGGAGUUUUAUCAUGUCAUUGAGUUAGGUCGUGCUGUGGUCAAGUUGUGUGAGCGGAUACAAAAGCGUUAUCGUAAGAACCCAGAAGUCAUGGGUGCUAGUCCUAUGAUGUGUCUCGUUGAGAAGAUGUUCCCUUCGUACGCUGCAGAUGCGCGAGACCUAGUCGCUCGGAUUAUGGAGGUUGCUCAAAACAAAGGGGAGGAUGUACCUGUGCAGGACGGUUUCGACUUGUACAAAGAGCUCGUCGAGAUUCGUCGUAUACACAGCGACGCUCUACCAAACAAGAAGUUUGCCUUUAGUAUCGAAGACCAGCUACAGGACUUUGUGUGGAGAUGGAUUCAGAUGACAGACCAAAAUCUGAUUGGGUGGGUUGACAACGCUUUCAAGGCAGACCAGUUCCAGAUUGAGUCGCAAAACCCCAUCCCCUCAGAUGAUGAGCGCCACAGUGUCUCUGUUGUGGACGUCUUCCGGUCUUUCAACCAGAGCAUCGAGCAGAUCGUCUCCUUGAACUGGGACAACGAUGUUCAAUACGCCAAAUUCAUGACCGCAAUAUCAAAGUCGAUCGGUAUCGCACUCGCAAGAUACUGUGAACUUGUGGAACAGAAGUUUGCUAAGGAGAUGGAUCGACUGACACCGGAGCAAGAAGCUGCCGCUCAUCAGACUAAGUCAGAAAAGUGGUUGUCAACCGUGAAGGACUUUUAUAGCCAGAAGGAGAAGGUCGAGCCCUUUCAAUUCUACCCCGAGUCACUUGUCAAACUUAACAACAUUGAGUAUGCGAUGCAGCAACUAGACAAGCUCGAGCGCGAGAUUGGCGUCGAUGCCUGCGCUGAGGUCAUUCAGAAGCACUCACCACCUCCGACGCAACGCGUUCGUAACAACAACUUCGUCUUCACCAUUAAGAUUAUUGAGGCUGAAGACUUGAAAGCAUGCGACAUGAAUGGACUAAGCGAUCCAUAUGUUGUACUUGGUGAUGAGUACCAGAAGCGUUUGGCAAAGACUCGCGUCAUCUACCGCAACUUGAACCCACGUUGGGAUGAGACGAUUGACAUCACGACUAAUGGUCCGCUUAACGUUGUUGCGACAAUAUGGGACUGGGACGCCAUGGGCGACCAUGACUGCGUCGGUCGAACGUCUCUCAAGCUCGAUCCAUCGCAUUUCCGGGACUACAUGCCCCGGGAAUACUGGCUUGACCUGGAUACCCAAGGUCGUCUGUUGCUACGUGUGAGUAUGGAAGGAGAGCGAGAUGACAUUCAAUUCUACUUCGGCAAGUCGUUCAGAACACUUAAGAGGACUGAGCGUGACAUGACACGGAAAAUUACGGACAAGCUUUCAUCGUUCAUCGGUUACAAACUUUCUCGUCGGUCACUUGAUGCUCUGCUAAACAAGGGCGUAGCAUCAAAGGUAACGAACUACCUGGGCAACUUCAGAACCGCCCGACCCAUGUCGGUCAUCCAGGCCCAAGGUCCCACCCAGCAGGACGUCACACAAGCUCUUGGCCCAUUGUUCGUGUACUUCGAUGAGAACUUUGCUAUCAUGAAGCAGACACUAACAGAUGCUGCCAUGAUCAUGGUCAUGACAAGACUCUGGAAAGAAGCGCUGGCGACCAUCGAGUCACUACUCGUGCCUCCUCUCUCUGACAAGCUUUCGCAGCAGCGUCCGUUGACGCAACAAGAGCUCGACAUUGUCUUCAAAUGGCUGAAGAUGCUGUUCGACUUCUUCCAUGCUGUAGAUGAGGACGGUAACGUUGAAGGUGUACCGAUGGACGUUCUCAAGUCACCAAAGUACCAUGAGCUUCAGAACCUCAACUUCUUCUACUUCGAACCCACCGAGGAUCUGAUACGCACAUCUGAAUCGAUGGCCGCUGCCAGUGCAAGACGACAGCAAGAACAGUCGCAACGCCUCAAUCGCAUGUCGGCACCGCCUGCUAUGGGCCACCAGUUCGGUGGUGCCGCAGGACUCGUUGGAAUGCCGACUAGGAAACACAAAACCAUCAUGUUAUCGCGAAACCUAGGUACGAUGAAGAAAGCUAAGGAGGAGAAGAGAAAGGAAGCGCAGGCUGAGCCUAAUGACGACAUGAUCUUGAGAAUACUGAGAAUGAGGCCUGAGGCGGAGCGGUACCUGAAGGACAGAAGCAGGCAAAAGGAACGCCUUGCUGCUGCGCAGGCCGCAGAAAUGAUUGUUCGGCAGAGUCUCAACGCUGGUGGUGGUCGCAUGACAGGCGGUAUGGGUCCACGCCGAUAA